AUGGGCUUCAAAGAGAGCGGACAGUGCCACCUCACCACCGUUCCAACCACCGUCACCUUUUCCGAUGCCGAAAUUCAGCCCCGUGCUUUGAGCCCAUCAUCCAACGUCAACCAAACCCUUUUGCUACUUCAAUCCGAUGAGGUGAAUUCGAGAGUCCAGGCGGCGGCGGAGAUCCGACGGCUUACUAAGACCUCGCAGCGCUACCGCCGUCAUUUCUCCGGCGCCGUGAAGCCGCUUGUCGACAUGCUCUUUGACGACUCUAUUGAAGCCAAAGAGGCGGCCCUCGCUGCUCUUCUUAACCUCGCAGUCAAGGAUGAAACCCUUUUUCCUCGGAUUCAGUGA